UACCUUUAUCCUGGUGGACUAUCUGAAAAUCCUGACCUCAGUGACCUAGCAGGCCAGUGUGUCAGACAUCUGCUACGACUCUCACAGUUAGAGGACUACGACACUCUCGAAACGUUUCGCAUAUGUAAUAUAUGUGAGGAGGGCGAAAAGAACACGCGGCUGGAGCCUUGUGGACACCUCGCUUGUAUGGCAUGUGCUAAGAAAUGGAUGGUAAGUCGUUCUGAAAUUCAACUAUGA